UUUAAUGUAUUAUUCGUGACCCCCUCCCUCCUAACACAUACAAUGCAUUUAAGUUAUUAUCAGUGAUGGAUCAGCUGCUGCUUCUACUGAUGGACAACAAUAUUGUGGCCACCAAUUGAUUGUCGAUUUUUUUUAAAAAAUUUUUUAUUUUAAGAUUUGUUUGCAUAUAUUUAUAGACAGGCAAUCAUUACUACUACUACUGGCCAUCAAACCAUCGGUUGACCGACCAAUUGGUCAAUUGAUCAUUCAGUUAUCAUAUAACCUAAAGAAGAAAAUAUUAUGUCUUUGAUCUGAUCUGACGGCAAGACUCCAACGUAUCCGACAACAACAAUAACAACAGCAACAACAAGAAGCACAUCCCAUACGUCAGACACACAUCCUAUUGAUACUUAACUUAAUGCCAAUACUGUCCGAUAGUGGCGGCGGAGGCGGCUAUCCGUUGAUGAUGGACAACACAAUGUUGUUGAACGGUAUGCGUCAGUUGGGUUCGACCGAGUCGUGGACGGAUGAUCUGCCAGUUUGCGACCGAACAGGUGUUGGUACUCAACCGAAUCACGUCUACAGUCGUAACGGUUCCCGACAAGAGGGCCAUCACUGCGAAGACCGUAGCUUUCAUUUCAAUGUAAACUCGACGACCAGUUUCUAUGGUCUGUUCGAUGGACAUCAGGGUCAGAGUGCGGCCAAUUUUCUGGCCCAACAUUUGCCCGCCGAUGUUCUACUCGAACCGUUACCCGAAACGUCGACCGACGCUGACGUCCACAAUCUCUUCAAACAGGCCUUCGAAUCGGUCGAAGGCGAGUACUUUCAGUCGAUAGACGUAUCGUUGGCCGAGAAGACAUCACUUGGCUUUCAAAUACAAGGAAUGAGUCAAACGGAGGCCUACGAAACCUUUCCCGAGAUUGUUGAUCGAUUGAGUACUGUAUCGGCCAAAGUUUCGUCGGGAACUACUGCCGUUGUAGCCCUUGUCCACUGUAAUCGUUUGCAUGUGGCCAACGUUGGCGACACAAAGGCCAUAUUGUGCAAACUUGAUCAGUCGGGCGGCUAUUCAGCCACUCAACUAUCUACCGAUCACGACCUGAACAACGACGACGAACUGUUGCGUCUCCAGAAGCUCGGCCUCAAUGUUGACUAUUUGCGCGAACGGCAACAAAUCGGAAACAUAUCCGUCACCCGUUGUUUCGGUAACUAUUUAGUCAAAGCCGGCUACAGUGAUAUGGCCGAUUUGUGUAUGGCCACUGACGAACCGGUAAUCGCUGUUCCGGCCAUCAAAUCUGUACCAAUCGACAACAGCGUACAGUUUCUUAUAUUGGCUUCCGGUGCCGUAUUUAGGACACUUGAAAGUGCUACCGGUUCGCCACAAGUGAACAGUGAUAUCGUCCGAAUGGUUGGCGAAGAGUUCAAAGUUCAAAGCACACUAACCGGUGUCGCCCAGGCUGUCAUCAACAAGAUUUGUCGCAUACAUCAGGACUACUUUCUGACCGAAAUGAACAAUCCGGCUCUGCCGCAGUCCAGCCGCCAGAUCGACGAUCUGACACUAAUGGUCCGCAACUUUAAUCAUCCGCUGGUCAACGGUAUCUCCAGUCCGAACAGUCGAUCGCCGUCGCUGUCGACAAUGCAACGGCGUUUCGACGAACAAUUGCACAUUUCGGUUACCGACGGUCCUGCUGGCGGUGGCACCAAUACCGACGAUGAAGACUUCGGUAUUGCCACCAGUGGCCAUCAGAUUGGCUAUCGUAGCCGUUCGGCGUCAAAAACGCUGAUGCAAUCGACAACACCGGUACCGGAAAUGUCGGUCACGACCAAUGAUGACCUGAUAUUGCCGCCAACGUUCGAUGAUUCGUCGGCCAAUACAACGACCACCAAUACGACAACAAAUACGACGACAAAUUCGACCGACUUUGAGGAACGAGGUUUUAAUUCACAAAAAGCCGAUCCAUUGGAUUUGGACUCCGAUGGACGGGUAGCUUCCUAUGUAAAGUUUGACGACUUUUUGGAUGCAAUCGAACUGGCCAAACAAGACGGUACCUAUCAGGACUUUACGGUCACCAAUGGUGGCUCAACUAUUACUACUGGUGCUGAUUAAAUAGCUCACUAAUCGCCGUUAGUUAUCCCUAAAAUAGGAUAGUCUUAUCUUCACUAUCUCUCUCUCUCUUUCUCUCACUAUCUACUACUGUUGUUCCUCAUAAAUACCGUACCAUUAACUAUACAGUAGAGAUAUACUUACCGAUACUGUACUGUAUAUAAUAUCUGUCACUAUACAAACAAACAACACAAAAAAAAUUAUAAAACAAAUUUUUAACGUACAAUAAGUAAAUGAAUUGUUUUUUUUUGUUUAAUUAAUUAAAUAUUAAUGUUUUUUUUUUAAGAUCAUCUCUCAAUUUUUAAGCUAUAAUUUAUAUAUAUUAUGUUAUAUUAAUUACUGUAGGCUUUUAUAUGUGACAAAUGAUAAGAUAUUACUUUGAAUUACAAAAUAAAAGACAUACAGUGUUAGAUCGGAUCGGAUCAGUGGAUAUAUUCUUCGACAUAUAUAUAUAUAUAUAGAAAUAAUGGG